AUGACGAUGUCCCCCCAAAACAUAGAGGCCAAGUGGCAGGCCUUCUGGGAGGAGCACCAGACCUUCCGCACGCCAGAGUUCCACGAGCUGGACACCAGCAAGCCCAAGUUCUAUGCCCUGGACAUGUUCCCGUACCCCAGCGGCGCGGGGCUGCACGUGGGCCACCCCGAGGGCUACACCGCCACCGACAUCAUGGCUCGCUACAAGCGCAUGCGCGGGUUCAACGUGCUGCACCCCAUGGGGUGGGACGCCUUUGGCCUGCCAGCGGAGCAGUACGCCAUCCAGACGGGCACCCACCCGGCCGUCACCACCGACAAGAACAUCGCGCGGUUCAGGCAGCAGCUGCAGUCCCUGGGCUUCAGCUACGACUGGAGGCGGGAGGUGUCCACCUGCGACCCGCGCUACUACCGUUGGACUCAGUGGAUCUUCCUGCAGCUGUUCAACCAGGGGCUGGCCUACCAGGCCGAGGUGCCGGUCAACUGGUGCCCCGCCCUCGGCACGGUGCUGGCAAACGAGGAGGUGAUUGAUGGGGUGAGCGAGCGGGGGGGGCACCCGGUUGUGCGCAUGCCCAUGAAGCAGUGGAUGCUGAGGAUCACGGCCUACGGGGACAGGCUUCUGCAAGACCUGGAGGGCCUGGACUGGGCGGAUUCCAUCAAGGAGAUGCAGCGAAACUGGAUCGGGCGCAGCGAGGGGGCCACCAUCCGAUUCGGCGUGGCGGUCUACACCACCCGCCCCGACACCCUGUUUGGCGCCACCUACCUGGUGGUGGCCCCAGAGCACCCGCUGCUGGCGCAGCUGGCCGGCGGCGAGCAGGCGGCGGCGGUGGCGGCGUACGUGGAGGCGGCGGCCAAGAAGAGCGACUUUGAACGCACCGAGCUCAGCGCCAAGCACAAGAGCGGGGUGUUCACGGGCUCCUACGCGGUCAACCCGGCCAGCGGGGAGCGCAUCCCCAUCUGGGUGGCUGACUACGUGCUGGGCAGCUACGGCAGCGGCGCCAUCAUGGCCGUGCCGGGCCACGACGCGCGUGACCUGGAAUUCGCGCAGGCCUUUGGCCUGCCCGUGCAGCAGGUGGUGGCGGCGGCGGCGGCGGGCGGGCAGGCCGCGCAGCAGCAGCAGCAGCAGCAGCGGCAGCCCCCGGCCGAGGCGUUCACGGCGCCCGGCGUGGCGGUCAACUCUGCCAGCGUGGAGAGCGGGCUGGACCUGAACGGGCUGCCCACCGCCGCGGCCAAGGCGGCGGCGAUCGAGUGGCUGGAAAGCAAGGGGCUCGGGCACCGCCAGGUCAACUACAAGCUGCGGGACUGGCUGUUUGCGCGGCAGCGGUACUGGGGGGAACCCUUCCCCAUUGUCUACCCCGAGGGCUCAGAGGAGCCCGCCGCCAUCAGCGAGGCCGAGCUGCCGCUGGUGCUGCCAGACACAGACGACUUCCAGCCCAGCGGCACGCCAGACCCGCCCCUGGCCAAGUGCGCCGACUGGGUGGCAGCCACCGAUGCCGCGGGAAGGCCCGCGCGCAGGGAAACCUCCACCAUGCCGCAGUGGGCUGGCAGCUGCUGGUACUACCUUCGAUACAUCGACCCCAAUAACACCAGCAGGCUGGUGGGGGAGGAGGCUGAGAAGUACUGGAUGCCAGUGGACCUGUAUGUGGGCGGUGCUGAGCAUGCUGUGCUGCACCUCCUCUACGCACGCUUCUGGCACAAGGUUUUGUACGACAUUGGCGCGGUGAGCACGCCGGAGCCCUUCCAGCGCCUGGUCAGCCAGGGCAUGAUCCUGGGGGAGGUGGAGUACACGGUGCACCGGGAUGCGGCGGGGGCGUACUGCGCAGAGGGCACGCCCGGCGCGGAGACGAUUCGGCUGGACCCAUCGGAGGUGGAGGCUGCGGGCGGCGGCGGGUAUGUGCUCAAGGCAGACCCCUCAGUCAAGGUCUCGCACCGCGCCCACAAGAUGAGCAAGAGCCGCGGCAACGUGGUCAACCCUGAUGACGUGGUGUGGCAGUACGGCGCGGACAGCCUGCGCCUGUACGAGAUGUUCAUGGGCCCGCUGCGGGACACCAAGGUGUGGUCCACCAAGGGCGUGGAGGGCGUGCACCGCUUCCUGGCCCGAGUUUACCGCCUGGUGACGGAGCAGCCGCUGAGCGACGCGCCGCCCAGCCAGGACCAGCUGCGCCUCCUGCACCAGACCAUUAAGAAGGUCACCGAGGAGACCGAGGAGAUGCGGUUCAACACAGGCCUUGCCGCCAUGAUGGAGUUUGUCAACGGCGCCUACAAGUGGGAGGCCCGCCCCAAGGCCGCGCUGGAGCCCUUCCUGCUGCUGCUGGCGCCCUACGCGCCGCACCUGGCGGAAGAGAUGUGGUCUGUGCUGGGCCACAGCGGCAGCCUGGCAUACGAGCCCUGGCCCGAGGCGGAUGAAAGCCUGCUUGUGCAGACCACCUACAACCUGCCGGUGCAGGUUAACGGCAAGAUGCGAGGGUCGGUGGAGGUGGAGGUUGAUAUUGGGCAGGACGGCGCGGUGGUGGCGGCGCAGGCCAUCCCCGCGGUGGCCAAGCAGCUGGACGGCAAGCCCGUCAAGAAGGUCAUCUUCGUGCCGGGGAAAAUCCUGAACCUGAUUGUCAGCAAAUUGGCGCACUGACAAUUGAGACGUUAUUUGAUAUUGUUUCGUAGCAAGAGCCCAACAAUA